GUGAAUGGGACUGAUUGUUGAAUCCAAGAGCCGAUCUUUCUUUACUUGGGGAACCGUUUUUCUACACAUCAUGCCAAGCAAACUUUAAUUUUCCACCAAUUAUGUCCUCUUUUUCUGAAGAGACUGAACGUCUCUUAUUUCUUAUGGAGAGUGUGAUUGUUCUAAAAACAUUGGAUUUAAAAUAGCAAAGAUAAUGCACAGCAAAAGAUUUGGAUACGGAACCAAAUUACGGAAUAUUUUUGGUGCAUUUGCUGUAUAUCUUUUCAUACAGCUAACACGGGUUGCAGCUGCUUGUAGCAUACGCACAAAAGGAUCUUUAUACCCUGCGGUUUAGAAGGCAUUAGUUAAUGAAUUCCACAUGGAUACCAAUUGCCUUGUAGUUCUCCUUUUUUGCUGGAAGAUAUUGGCUACCUGUGUCAGGAACAUUGCCUCUUUGCCACCAGCCAUGAACAUUUUCCAUUGACAUCUGAGGCAAGCAGCUGUAGCAAGGAAGAAACAGGUGAGGACCCAGCUCUUGGUCUCACUCAUCAAAAUUCCACUGGACCCUUAGAGGUGGAGAUGAGAGGUUCAGAAGAUGUAUCAUCAGGAAGAGUUUUGAAUCGGUUGAUGCAUGAGCGGUUAAGAUAUGGGAACCCAAAUGAGAACAUGAAUUUUUUAGCAAUACAGCACCAAGCCACAGGGAGCACAGGGCCACCAAACAUCCCCAGUAGUUCUCUAGCUUCUACAGAAAACCUUGCCCAGGACAGCUCACAAAUGGUUCAACAGAUAGCACGGCAAGAACCUCAGGGCCAAGAACACCAAGUGGAUAACACUGUGAUGGAGAAGCAGGCAAGAGCUGCCCAAUCACAACAGACCAGUGAGGAACUUCCCACCUAUGAGGAGGCAAAGGCUCAGUCACAGUUUUUCCGGGGGCAGCAGAAAGGAGCUGUGGGACCCAACUUUUAUGGCAGUGGAGGGGCAAGUCAAAAGUCAAGAACAGAAGGCAGGCCUACUGUUACCCGGGCAAAUAGUGGGCAGGGACAUAAGGAUGAGGCACUUAAGGAACUUAAGCAAGGUCAUGUUCGCUCUCUAAGUGAAAAAAUAAUGCAGCUUUCACUGGAGACAAAUGGUGCUAAACAUCAUUCACUGACCUCAGGAGGAAAUCUUCCAUCCCAAGUAAUUAAUAAGGGAUUCAGGAAUGGAGGACUGCCACCUGUCCCACCUGCUGCAAAGGGACUGGAACUUCGAGGUCCACCACCAGACUAUCCAUAUAAGGGUAAACCAGUGACAUCACCUUUGAGCAAUCCUAAUGAACAUGGACAUUACUUCAUUGACCAACAUUCUGGAAUAAUUCAAGACAGCCACAAGGCAUACCCAAUGCCUCAACCAGCUAGAACAGAAAUGACUAUCCACAGACACCAGCAUCCUCCAGAAUAUGGUGUUAUGAGUCGACAGUGCCAGGUGGCAUACCAGCCAGCACCGCUGCAACAGCACAGCCCUAUGUCAUCACAAGCGUCUUCAGUAAGUACCUCCAUCCAUUCAGUAGCUGGGCCUCCACCACUACAAGCACAAGGCACACACCAGUCAUUGCAGGCAGCAGCAGCAGCAAACCCUCAGCUUUCUGCAGACACAGUCACCAUUGUGGAAAGAGCACAACAGAUGUUUGAGACAUUAUCUGAGGAAAACCGAACGCUUCGAAAAGAGCUGGAAGGUUAUAGUGAAAAAGCUGCCAAGCUUGAAAAGUUUGAGACUGAGAUUCAGAAGAUCUCUGAAGCAUAUGAUAACCUAGUGAAGUCAACCACCAAACAAGAAUCCCUGAAUAAAACAAUGAGAAACAAAUUAGAAGGGGAAAUUAGAAGGCUUCAUGAUUUCAACAGAGAUCUCAGAGAUCGACUAGAGACUGCCAACAAGCAGUUAGCCAACAGGGAUUACAGCGCGAAUGAAAAUACAUCAAUGGAUGGCAGUUAUGGAUCACUGAGCAGAGAGUACACAAAGGAGAAGGAGAAAGAGAAGCUGGAAGUGGAGCUUGCAAUGCUGCGGUCAAGCAAUGAGGACCAGAGAAGGCAUAUUGAAAUCCUUGACCAAGCACUAAGCAAUGCCCAAGCCAAGGUGGUCAAAUUGGAGGAAGAGUUACGGAAGAAACAGAUAUAUGUUGAGAAAGUCGAGAAGCUACAGCAAGCCCUGACCCAACUGCAGGCAGCGUGUGAUAAAAGAGAACAGAUGGAAUGUAGACUACGUACACGGCUGGAAAGGGAGUUGGAAUCUUUGAGAACACAGCAGCGUCUUGGAGGCCAGCAACCAGCUACUGUGCCUGGGUACAAUGCCCCAGCUCUGAUGGAGCUUCUGAGGGAGAAGGAGGAACGAAUCCUGGCUCUGGAGGCAGACAUGAUGAAAUGGGAGCAGAAGUAUCUGGAGGAGAGUGCCAUGAGACAUUUUGCGAUGGAUGCUGCAGCCACAGCGGCAGCUCGAAGGGAUGCAACUAUAAUAAACCAUUCUCGCCAUGGCAGCUACAGUGAAAGUUCACUGGAAAAUCGAUUAUGCAAAGAAGAAGAGGAGAUAAUGCAACCCAACAGGAAGUGUCAAGAUAUGGAACACAGAAUCAGGAAUCUACAUGCACAAAUCAUUGAAAAAGAUGCCAUGAUAAAAGUGCUGCAGCAACGAUCCCGAAAGGAAAUUGGGAAGGUUGACACAACCCAGCUGCGACCUGCUAGGUCAGUCCCCUCUAUAGCAGCAGCAAGUGGCAUGCAUUCCCGUCAGACCUCUCUUACAAGCACACAGAUCGCUGAAGAGAAGAAGGAAGACAAGACCUGGAAAGACAGCACUGGAUUGUUCACAAGCAAAGACAAUGCUGAAAACAUACCACCUCCACAACUGCCACUGAUAUCUUUAUCAACAGCUGGUCCAUCUACACCAAUCAUUACAGCUCAUUCUAAAACCGGAAGUAAAGACAGCAGCACUCAGACGGAAAAAAGCUCUGAACUCCUUUGGCCUGCAUCUGCUACUAUUCCUUUAAGAGGGAGGUUAAGCACUACUCCGUGUAGCAGCCCAAUUCUCCGACAUACUUUAUGCAGAGGCAACACAGAAAAGCAAGCAGAUAUGCCCUACAAUUAUGGAAAGUCAUAUGACAUCAGGGCCAAAACCAACACCAUAAAUCACAGACCUGACUUCCCAGAUCCUGAUCUGGUUGAAAUCCUAAUAUAGAAUGUCAUCUCAUCCAUGCCAGUAUUAUAAAACACGGUUAAAUUUCAAGUGGAAGAGCUUUGUUUAGAAUCUUUGGAUGGAAUGUAGCUUCAAGCAAAGUGUAAAGAAAACGUUUGAAAGCAAAUGCAUAUCCAUAAUGAAAAGAUUCAGUGGAAAUGGAUUAUAGAGUGGAUGUUAAGAAGAAGGUAGCCAAAGCAGGUCUUGAGACUGAGUGGUCAAGACAAGUGAUGAUGAGCAGAAACAAUUUUUGAAUCCUCCAGAAGUGGAAUGCCAUAAAUAAAGAAAGUCGACUGGAGCAUUUGUCAUUUUGUGGAUUGUGAACUACAGAGAAGGAUAAGCAGUGAUGUAUAUAUGUACGUAGCUAUACUAGGCAUAAGGAAAACAUAUUUAUUCUCUUCAAUGACUUAGCAUGAAAAAAACAAAAAAGGCUUUCUUGUUUUGCAAUUCCUGUCAUACAGUAGUUUACUGCAUUUGACAAAUUGUGGAACAUGUGUGAGACAGAGGAAUGAUGGUGGUGCGUGCAUUAUGUCGUAAAGAUAACACAUAUCUUAACAGUGUUUUGAUUCACAAAUCAUGUCAUGCAGUAUUACAUUAUACACAGUGUACAAAUUUACAUGGGUUUUGAAUAUUUUUACGACUUGUUUGUCAUCAAAACUGCUGUGUGGAAACAAAUAACGGGCAGAUAUUUUCAUUAUCGAAGUCAGCUUCCCUUAUAAGAGCUGUCUUUACGUUUACAAAGGUACAUUUCAAAUACUUCAGCAUGGAGAAGCCACUGCAUAUUUUUAAUGAAACUGCAAAGUUGCAUUUUAUGUUUUAGUUUUAUUAAGGGAAUUUGUUCCUCACUAGGACAGUUUGCCAAUUUUCCAGUCUGGUAAAGAGUUAAGGGCUAAUUUAUUAUAGUUUGCCAAUUAUUUUUUUCAGUAUUUGCUUCAAUUGUAUGCAUUUGUAUACUUAUGAAAUUGUUUCAGAAGAAGAAAACCAAUAUUUUAUUUAAAACUUAAGAUCAAUUAUUAUAAUGUGGAAAAAAACUUAAAGCAACACUGCAGUUUCGAGUGGCAUUUUGAAACGUGUUUUUAAUUGGAGUAUAUCAAAAGUCAAUCUACUUGUAUUUUGCUGUACCUGCUGAGUGCAUUGCAGGGAGGUUUUCCACUUUCCCCACUGUUAUGUUACCAUGAUGCUGGCAUAUAGAAGUGGAAAUGUGGGUACCCAAGCCCUGCAUAUAGGAGAUGGGGGGGGGCUUGCCAUCUUAUAAAAUAUGUUUUCUUUCUUUUGUAAUGUUUUAAAGUAGAAAACCUGAAUAGUAAUUGUAGUAUGAUGACUCCUUAUAAUAUAAAGUCGCUCUGUGCACAGUUUGUUUUUAUCUCCACACAAACCACAGUAUGUGGCCCAGUUGCAUGCAUGUCAGAGAUUCAGUGGUUGUUGUUGUCAUCAUCUCCCCUUUUUUUCUAUUUUUACAUGGUUGCAGGGUGUCGCAUUAACAUUAGUUAUGUGACCAAACCACCAAAAGCCAAUGUUUACAUCACGGAGUGGCUAGCUGUGAUACAGCACCCAUCCACAUAUGUCCAUUUCAAGUUAUUUGGUUUGAACUGCUGCAGCCACACAGUAUUAUGUAUGGCUGAGACAAGCUGGGUCUUAACCUGCAGACAGAUGUGAUAAACCAUGUAAUGCUACCUGGGAAGUUUCCCCAUAGCUGUUACUUUCAUUUAUUUUUAUUUUGUUAUAUAUAUAUUGUUACCCAGGUGCCAUUUUCAGUGGAAAACCAGGAAUGCUACCUGGUUAUGUGACUUUCUGAAAGUAACGCAGUAGGCAAAUGGAGGCUGAGAGAAUCAAACCCAGUGACUACGUGAUGAAGUUCUUUCCUGAUGUUUUAAGAUCAGCAUUCAUUUCCUUUUUUUUUUCCAAAAAACUAGGUAAAUCCGUAUUCAUGGGAAUAAAAAAAAAAUAGCUGAAAAAGUACCUUUGGGCUCUUCUUAAAAAUAAUAACAUUGAAGUUGCCUGAAAUGAAACACAAGUCACAGCACAGAAGCUCAAUCACACAAGCAAGUUGCAAAAAGCUGUCUUAAAUGUUGUGGGGUGAAGUAAACACCUUUUCUGAUAUUCUCCAUCUGUUUCAGCUACACUGCUUUAAAAAUAUUUGUUGUAACCUUUCAAGUGUUAAGCCAGUUCACUCAUAGUUCAGAAGCAGACUAAAGAGAUUUCUUCUGUGUGACACGUUUAGCUGGAACUUUCAAAAAAAUAUGUGCCCCCUUUUUUGGAACUAAACCACUGAUGAACUAUAAUUUCCUGUCUGCACUGGCUGUACUUUUCUGCCCUUGGUGUCAUUUUACAUUUUUCUGGCUAUUCUGUGUGGAGUGCUCUGCCAAGUGAUUAUUUACAAUUUGAAUAGUUUAUACACUACUGCACUACCUUUUCAGGACACAAUCAGAUCAAAUAAGAAACUCUUAUCCAAAAGAGAUUUUUUUUUUCUAAAACCAGAAAGAGAGACACAAGGUUUGCCUGUUAAUACAUGCCUUGAGCUGAUCUGACUAGCAUAGAAAUUAGACUGAUCCAUUUCCUGCCUCUUUAUUGCAGUAUUAAAUUACACCAAAAGCAACAAAGCUAUCCCACAUUUCAGUAUUCCAGCACUUUAUUAAUAUCUCAGAGGCUGUGCACAUACAUGCAUAUGCCAGUUUUGCAUUUUAAAUGUUUUCAGUAUGCCAUCUGGACAAAUCUUCUAUAAAUGAGUAUAAGCUCUUCUUUUCUAAAAGAAAGUAAAAAGUAAACUGCUAAAAAUGUGUCAUUUUCAUGGUUUUACAUGUCUCCUGGCUUAUUAUAGCCUUUCAUUUUCAGUGCAAAAGGAAACAAAUGCACUACUGUUUUUUUGCAUGGCAGUAUAGCAGUAUUCUUGUUUAGAGGAGCUUCUGCAUCAGUUUUUGUGGCAGUAAACAAAAGGAGUAGUCAUAAUUUGAAAAGGAGUUACAUAAUCUCUAUGAUGGACUGGCAUCCUGCCCAGGAUUGGUUGUUGGUGGCUCUUGCCUUUGGUGCUAAAAGAUCAGAAGACUGAGGGUUCUAGUCCCACUGUUGGUACUUGGAUUUGUUUCCUAAUACUGACACUGCAGUGCAGCUUAAGGGGAAAGGUGCUGAACCCCUGAGUGUGCCAUCCUUUGGAUGACCUAUUUUGACAGUAGCUCAGGUGGAUAUAAAAGAUCCCACAACACUUAUCAAAAAGAGUAGGGUAAGUUUCCCCAGUGCCCUGGAUAAAUUUCACCUAAUGAAUAUGCAUAACCCCCUGGGCUCCCCUAAAAUGAGGCUGCUAUUCUAGUGGGACUAACCUGGUCAGCAAACUUAAAUAAAUAAAUUAUACCAAUUGGGUGCCAGAAUGGAUGCCAGGUUUCCCACAACCCUGAGUAAGGAUAAAUUGGGCAUUGGAAAAUUAAUAACUUAAUAAAUUAUAUAAGGCAGAAAUAAAAUAAAGUAUUUAACAAAAUUUUAUUUAAAAAAGUAUAUCAUUAUAAGUCCUGCACAACUACAUUUUAACAUAUUCAGUAAGCUGUUUAGAACUGGCAUCUUGUUGUUGUCUUUGUCAUAAAACUAACUUCUCAAGAAGGCUGGUGUGCAUGGACCUAUCAGUAUGGAGCUUGCAUAGAACAGUCCUACUACAUCUUCUCGAGGCAUCUGAGCUUAUAACAGAAAAACUCAACAAUAUUUCCUCAUAUCAUAUUAUAUACACUUGAAUUCUCAGGAAUGUAUACCACAGACAUUUGAGCUCAUAGGCAAUACCAGCAAGUGUAACAUUUUUUUUACAAAAUAUUUUUUGCAAGGGGAAUCCCUCUGCCCCCCUCCCCAAGUGGGGUACAAGUCUUCCAUCCCUCCCAAGUUUUAUUCCUCUGAAUCUGAGGUGACUGCGCCUUAAAGUAAAAGUAAUCACUGACAAGCAGUGUAAAUGUCUCACUUCCUUCUGAAGAGUGUGACAAUGGAUGACACACACAACCAAUAGCAUUUAUUUCAUAUAUGUUCUGAGGAAAACUAAAACAAAUAUGUGAAGACUCAACCUAAUGUGCUCAAGCAUGUGUGAUAUGAGCUCAGGUGAGCCAAGCAAGUGAGUAUAAGCCAUAUAGAACUCCCUCUUACUGCACAUGGAGGAUGUUCCUAGGUACAAGCCCAAUGGGCAAGUGCCUUACAAGCCUGGGUGCCCAGUAAUACCUGUGUACCGCAUGACCCAGUGUGUGUUAGUGAAUUUAUGAAAGGGCAUAUUUUUGGUAAUGUAGCCAUUUUGUAAGGGGCUGAUUUUAGGUAAGCGUUGAAUAUGUUUUACAUACCCAUGUUAGCCAUUCAGAUUUUUGGUUUUCUGAAGGUGUUUCUUGGUGUUAGCUCACAGUUUCUGGUGAAUUUCUAGGACUGGUGUUUGCAUUUAGGGACUUAUACUGGCACCUUUGUUUGUUAUUUCUGAAGUAAUUCUGCAAGGUGCUUAAGCAUAUUAUGUGAAGUUGUUAAAAACAGGCCAGGAAAAAAACGACAGCAGACAAUUGCAAUACUAACUUAAUCCUGGGUCCAUUACUAUAUUCCUAUGACAACGCCAAAAGUAAGUCCAUUCAAGUGAGUAGAUGCUCAGGGCUUGAAAGUGAUAGGCAGCUCCUUAACCUCAGAAGUUUGUUAUCACAGUUUACUUAAUAUGUUCUGUUCAGCUACAGGUAAUAAUAUGUUUCCUAGUAAACAGCAGAAUAUCUGGUUGCUAAUAACAUUUACUUCAGUCGCUUUUUUUUUCAAAAAAAAAAAAAAAGAAAAGUGUGGUAAUUAUUUAUCUUUGGUGGGUGCCACAAUACUUUGCACAGUUGUGCUGUUUUUACAUUGAUUUGAAAGCCAUGUUUUCAGUAGACCAGAAUACCUGUUAGCAGCAGGCAUAGUAAAUGAGCAAAACUGAAUAAGUACUAAUUAUGUAAAAGGUCAGGAUGAUGUAUGACUGAAAAGGUUUCAGGAAAAAUUAUUAUUCAUGUUAUAAAUAGCUGCAAAAAGUUGUAAUGAAUAUGGUAAAACAUAAGCAGGGCAGUAAAAUGGUACAGUACUUAGUAUAAAUGUGUCACAAAAUGUGGUGCUUCACUUUUUAUCUUGGCUAGGGUACCUCCUUUACAGAGUUUGUAUGUCCAUCUUUUUUUUUUGGGGGGGGGGGGGCUUCAGUUUUCUGUGUCAUUCCAGAGAUGUGCAGGACAGUGAACUGAAAAUUUUCAGACUGACUUACGCUCAUCUCCCUGCGACUCUAAUUUGGAUUAGGUCGGCAUUAAAAAAUGGCUGGAUACUUUUAAAGUAUGUAAGAAUGCUGACGUGCAUACCAAAGGCAAAGCAAUGUUUAGGUUUCAUUUGAGUUGUUGGGCAGUAGACCCAUAGUGGUCAGUGCAUUAUUUAUUUUUUUUAUUUAUUUGUUAACUAGGUAAUUCAUAUAGACACAGAUGCAUCGUUUCAUGUGCAAUCCAAGUGAGCUGUAUAGUUAAGUAAUUUGUUUAGUAAUACAGUAGGCAAUGCAAGAGAAACAAGGCCUGAAACUCAGGACUACAGAUUUACUAGUUUGUUCAUUACCUUUAAUUAAAAUCUAAAUUUAUUCUGACAGUGGCAUACCUGUAUGUUCAUUACCAGCUACUUAGCAGGAUAGCUUGUUUCAUUUUGCAACAACAUCAGGGGCAACUUUUCCAGAAUGAUUAUGUUGCACAUACUGUCUGCAUGGCAGAAACCUUAAAAAAAAAAACAGAUAUGUAGAUGACUGAGUUUCCCAUUUCCAUCUACUAAAAUGAUUGUCUAGUACACUAACCAUCUAUGAAGCAACCACGCACGAAGCUUUCAAACCGAAGCAAGGCUGAACUGCAAUGGCUAGUAUAUAUGUGAUGUAGUUGAUAAGUAUGCUUUGUAUUUAAAAUGUGUAUAUGCACUUACAGUAUGUUUCAUUGUAAAUAUUUGUUGUGCCAGUGCCUUAUUUUUUAUGUUUAAAUGAGCAGUAUGCAAGAAAUGUUUAUAUAUAUUUUUAAUGUUGUCAGAUUUACACAGCAAAACAGGAAAUGUGCUUUUUUUAAACUAUUACUUCAUGUGCACUUUGAAAUGUUUUGCUUUGAUUUUUGUUUCUUUUUCUUAAUGCAGGUAUUAUUUUUCAACUCCUAGAAUUAGACUUUCUUAUGUGUUUAUGUGUGUACUUCAAAUACGAAAAUACUCCAUCACAACAAAUGAAAGUUUGUUUUUAAAGCAUAUGAAACAGAUGUAGUUCAUUUCUCCAGAAUGUUAAGUAAAUGGUGAAGGUAAUCCAUAGGUCAGCCUUUGAAUUAACUAUAGCUUGAUCAUUUACUCAGGUCAAGACACACCUUUUGAAAAAUAUGUAAAUAAGAUAUUAAACAAGUAAGUUUGUGAGAGAGACUGAUUAACACAUUAUAUGUUAACUUGUAUGAUAAUGAGUUGAAAGUCAGCACUGCGUACUUUUGGAGGAAUUGAAAGGAGAAAUAGUACUGUGGAUUGCAAGGUUGAUAAUGUCUGAAUAUAUGCCCAGUCUACUGACUUUCAGCAUGCUACAAAACUGCAGAAAGAUCAGACAUGAAAGGCCUCAGGUUUAUUCAUUCAUCAUAGUGCUGUUACUAUGAUAAUGGGUCAGUUCAAACCUCUCAAUGGUUGUUCAGUAACUGAUAAGCAGUAUUGUUUAUUUUUAAAGACAAAUAUUCAAGUUGACUGUUACUGUAUUUAUAGCAAAUAUCAUGUGACUAGACAAAGAAAUACAUUGAUUAGAAAAAACUGAAUAGCUGCUGCUGUACAUCUGCUGUGCCUAGUUGGCAUUCAAAGCCAUCUUUAAAAGCACAGCACGUUUCACUGCCUAUCGUGUAUGGUGCUCUUGACCAGUAACUCAUGUGAUAGUUUUAAGACUUCUGAUUUGGACUGAACAUAGUUUAUUCUGAUCCAUGAGCAAGGAUGUGGGCCGCCACUUAAUGUGUAGCAUGUCAGUGUUUUAUGUUACUUGUACAAGGACUGUCACAUAAAGCAAUAUGAUUUUUUUAAAGCCUGCUUUGGAUGGAAGUUUCUACCCUCACUGUCUUCCACACAUAUAGAAAAUUAAAGGAGAGGGCAAGAACAGAAUUGUAUUUACAUUUAAGAAUGGAGCGUGGGAAUCAGUAAACUUAGCUGAAACAAGCAUUGUAAUACAUCAAAAUAUAGUUCUAAACAUGAUCAACAGCCUUUCCCAAGUGCCAAAUGAACCUGAGAUCAUUUGCACCAAUGACAAAAACAGCUUGCUUUAAAGAAGAACUUUUUGAAUAACUGAAGUUGUUUCUUACACUAUUGCCAUUUUUUGAUAUAACACUUGGUGUACCUUUAUCUAAUAAUAAACAUAGAAGAGAUGGUUUAAGAUUUUGUGACAGUACUAUGUUCACAGUCACAAAAAGUGUUCUUAUUUUACUGCCAGAUUGUCAAAUUGAUAGAAAAUGUUGUUUCAAUGUUGUAUGAUUUUGUGCAGUGCUUUUUCCAAUAAUUUCUGUUUCUAUAAGAUGAUGUAAAAUAUUAAUAACUGAUAGUUGUAUAGUGUGGGCAAUGUACAGCAUUGUACAGAAAGAUGGAUGUUUGUACAUAUGAAAAAAAAAGAGUAUUGUAAGUCAUUUCGUUUCCUAUACUGUCUGCCAGCCAAAGGUCUUCCUGUAGGUUGCUGCUUGAAAGAAGUAUCUUUAUAAUGUAAAUAAUAAAUAUGUAUUGCGCAUUUUCUUUA